UGAGCAUCACAAAUCUGCUCCGCUGCUUUGGUUUGGUUUGGUUUUUUUUGCCCUUGACCACCCAGACCUGGACCUUACCUUGACCUUGACCUAGACCUAGACCCAGUCUUGCGCCCCUCUGUGUCUCUGGUAGGAGGUUUUAUUUUGUUUUAUUUUUUUAUUCUCUAUUUGCUGCUCGAUGAGUGGCCGAGUCAGAGUUCCUCUUCUCCGACAAAUCUCGACCGGACGCCUCUUCUCCUCUCCGCCCCCCGCCCACCCAUCCAGUCCCGGUUCUUUCUUAACUUUGUGCUACUGUCGCCAGCUUUGUGGAACAUUCCCCUUCUUAUUCUCUCGAGAACACUAGACGGCACGACAACAACUUCAUCACCAACGGCCAAGACGUGCGCACGCGACCUGAUUGAUUAUUUCUCGGCCUCGACAUCAAUACCAGCCAUCUUCACCGAGUCUUUCCGCCGCCGCCUGGUGUUUCUUCCUUGCGACCACUGUGACCCUCUUCCCCCACUGCUCCAACUCACACUUACACCGGUGACCGCGGUCCAAAGGCAUAAACAGGGACAGGGACGAACGCCGUCCUCAGCGCCGGCGUUGUGCGGGGAGCCAGCUUGCCAGCUCGCUCGGCACCGUCUUCUUCCACUGUCGCCUCUCCGUUGAUCAUUCCCUUGAUUCGUGCAUGACAAAGGACAAUGUCAUCUAGCCUGCAGCAGCUCCAAAGCCAACAACUCAGAGCUGUCAGUCUCGAAUAUUCGCAGCAGCACCCUCAUGCCCACGCUCUCGACUCGCCCGGCGCUCAUUCUCAUAUAACCACUUCCUCAGCCUCCCACCAACCCUUCUCCUCCGGAACCCCAAAUGACGGUAUGCGGUCCAACAGCGCCAACCACAGCGUCGUCGAUGCCUCCCAUUUUGCCGACGACUUUUCUUUCCCUCCGAACCCGCUGGACGACCAGAGCGCAAUGAUGUUCCUCGGCGAACCAGAUCACGCUGCCGACAUGUUCCCGACCUCGCAUCGCCCCUCCGUCUCUUCCAUCGGUGGUCGCCAAAACUCAAUAACGGUCAUGCCUGUCGGUUUUGCGCAGGCCAUGAACCAGCGCCGCCACAGCAUUAUUACCUCGGAAGAUGGCAGCCAGGACAGCGGCCACGCCGAGCACAAUCCACUCGAGGAUGCCGGUGCCGAUGAGUUUGGCCUACCUACGCAAAUCGCCGGCAACGGGUCUGACCUAGGCGGGAAAUCCAAGGACGACAAGUCAGACCAGACGCCCGCAUGGAGCGAGUUGAAGACCAAGGCCGGCAAAGAACGAAAGCGACUUCCUCUAGCGUGCAUCGCAUGCCGACGUAAAAAGAUUCGAUGUUCGGGAGAAAAGCCGGCGUGCAAGCAUUGCCUUCGAUCACGGAUUCCCUGUGUGUACAAGGUGACAACCAGGAAAGCCGCGCCGAGGACCGACUACAUGGCCAUGUUGGACAAGCGACUGAAGCGCAUGGAGGAGCGCAUCAUCAAAAUUGUGCCGAAAAACGAACAAGACUCCAAUGCGGCGUCGCUGACCCGCGCCGUGGUUAAACCGGCUAUUCCGGGAUCCCUCCCCGCAGCGAAAGCCAACUCCAAGAAGCGAGUUGCCGACGAAGCGUUUGGUCAGGAUCUCGACCACUGGGCAAAAGCGCCCGCCAAGACAAGAAUUGAAACGCCAAACAAGAACUUGUCGUUGCAAGCGCAGGAAGCAGAGGAGAACAAGCUCUUCCUGGAGGGGCUCGAUGCACUUCCGUCCAAGGAAAUCCAGGAACAUUUAGCCGAGGUAUUUUUUGAGAACAUUUACGGCCAAGCAUACCACCUGCUCCACAAGCCCAGCUACAUGAGAAAACUCAGAGCUGGCACGCUUCCGCCAGUGCUCAUACUGUCCGUUUGCGCGAUAGCCGCCCGCUUUUCCAGCCACCCGAAACUCAACAACUCAUCACCAAACUUUCUCCGUGGCGAGGAGUGGGCGUCGCAUGCGCGGGACAUCUGCACCAGGCGAUAUGAGUGGCCCAACAUCACGAUACUGACAUGUCUCCUUAUCCUCGGCCUUCACGAGUUUGGUACGUGCCAUGGCGGUAGGAGCUGGGCUUUGGGAGGCCAAGCAAUCCGCAUGGCCUUUGCUCUACAACUUCACAAAGACUUGGACCACGAUCCCCUGAAUCGCAGCGGGGCAUCGCAGCUGAGUUUCAUCGACCGUGAGAUCCGGCGCCGGACAAUGUGGGCAUGUUUCCUCAUGGACCGGUUCAACUCCUCCGGUACCGAACGACCUACCUUUGUGAGGGAAGAGACGAUUGAAAUUCCGCUACCGAUCAAAGAAAAAUACUUCCAACUCGAUAUGCCAGCCCCGACGGAAACCCUCAAGGGCAAGGUCCCUCAUCCCGUGUCUGCUGAGGAUGGCCAGAUGGCCGAUGCGAAGGAGAACAUGGGCGUUGCCGCUCACAUGAUCAAGACCAUCUCGCUCUGGGGUAGAGUCAUCAACUAUCUGAACCAAGGAGGAAAGGAGCUCGACCCCCAUCCCAUCUGGAGCCCCGAAUCUGAAUACACCAAGUUGCUGCAGCAGUCCGAAGAUUUGCUCGACAACCUUCCAGAAUUUCUUCGUUACUCCCCCGAGAACGUCGCGCUCCACGAUACGGAAAAGAUGGCGAACCAGUUCCUGUUCCUCCACAUCGCGAUGCAGCAAAACGUUCUCUUCCUCAACCGAGUUGCCGUUUCAACACCAAACAGCCCCGCUGCGCAAGGCGUUCCUCGGGAGUUUGUCGCCAAGGCAGGCGACAAGACGUUUGCAGCCGCCAACAGGAUUUCCGAGGUUCUCAAAGACGCCGAGUCUCACAUGGUGACUGCCCCCUUUGUCGGCUAUUGCGCCUUUUCGUCUGGGACAAUCCACAUACUCGGCAUCUUCUCGGGCAAUCCUGCUGUCGAGGCAGCAUCGAAACGAAACUUGGCGACAAAUGUCAAGUUUCUGUCAAAGAUGAAGAGGUAUUGGGGCAUGUUCCACUACAUGUCUGAGAACCUCCGUGAGCAAUACAGGACAUACGCCGAUGCCGCCAGACAAGGCAAUUCGGCAAAGGAGACGUCAACGGCUUCCCCCAUCUUUCAGUACGGCGACUGGUUCGACCGAUACCCUCACGGCGUUUCACAAUCCGACUUUUCCGACCCAGCAUCUACGAAGAAGAAGGAGAAGGGCGACGACGCCGUGUUGGAGCAGAAACCAGAAUUACACACCGUGGAGGAAUACUUUACGAGUUUGUCGCCACCUCGCAGCACAGAAGGCAAUUCGUCGAGGCCAAACCCGCUCAAGCGCAAGUCUUUCGUCGAAAAGAAACUCGGCACUCCGGGUAUGAGAGCAGAUGGAAGCCAACUGGAACCGCUUUCCACCGAGAACGUUGCUGCCACGGCGCAAGAGCAACUGAGCGCCCGCAUGCAACAACAGAGAGGCAUGCAGCAAGGCUCGCUCGGCGGCCAGACAAGCGGACCGACCAGUUUCAACCCCCUCACUGUGCCGCAUUCGCAAGGCUCCAACUACCACGCCCUAUCUCCCAUCAGUCCCAUCGCCGUCAGCCAGUACGGGCACCACCACCCGGGCACACCGUCAUUCUUCUCUCCUGACUUGCUCAACAUGUCGAUGAAUCAACAGAACGGCAUCUUGCAGCCCCUGGACCGGCAGCUCGUGUUUGGCGGGUACUCCAUGGAACAGGGCAACAUGAGCCACUUUGACGGUAUCGACUGGGACGGCAUGCCGAGCAGCGCCCACAGCGCACCGGGAGCGCACAGAGACGGUGCCCGCUCGCGUCCCUCGCGCGGCGGUCCCAAUGGCAUGGGCGGGCCCGGCCACGGACACGGGGAGGGCAUGGGGUUCGGAGGCCAGGAGGCGUCGACGGCGUGGUUCAUGCCGUUUAACAUGGAGCCGCCCGAGAUCGGGCAGGACAUGGGUAUGAAUAUCGACGGGUUCGGCAACAUGUUUGGCAGCGGGUUGCAUCACGGAGCACGAUGAGCUUUGUUGUAGGAGAUGUCUGUCAACCCUCUGAAGCAUUGUAUUAACUUUGCACUGUACAUCUUGUCUCGGAGAAUUAUCUUCUCCCAUUUUCUUUUUCCAAAAUUAUGACGUAUAUGAAGGGAAAAAAAGACGGAUGGGCAUGGCAUGGCACGGGAACAUGG